UCAGGUAACAAAAAUUGGCAGUCAUUGACCGAUUGACGUCGCCAAUCGUUAUAAAAUUCUGAAAGGACAAUAGAAGCACAAACACACCUCUGCUACUGCUAGCUAUUUCAUUUUCUCAUUUAGUCCAUCAAUUACCAUUUCCACUUUCUGUGUCUUGUAUUUUCAUUUUUCAAUCAAAAUUUCCACCUUCAAGCAUGACUGCUAUAGUUUCUGGCCUCUUGGAAAAGUCGGGUUCACUCCUUGCUGAAGAGGUAUGGCCAGAGCUGAAGUCGUUCCUGUGUUUUCAAAAUGAAGUCCGAAAGCUUCAGAGCACACUUCGUGCUAUCCAGGCGGUGCUCGAGGAUGCUGACAAAAGACAACUGAAGGAGGAAGCUGUGAAACUUUGGUUAGAUAAGCUCAAAGAAGCAGCCUACGACGUGGAUAAUGUGCUGGAUGAGGUGGAAACUGCAAUCAUUAAAGCAAAAAUUGAGGAGGAAGAAGAAAAGGCUGAAACAACCACUGCUACUGCUAAGGUAUGGUCCUCUUGCACCACCUGCAUUUCCUGGAUUUUCAGAGUAGUUACUGAGCUUGUUCAGCGUGGUUUCAUUGUUUUCAAGAUAAAAAAUUUGAAUGAAACGUUAGAUGAGAUAGACAAAGAGAAAGGGAGGUACAAUUUUGUGUCUGGGCCGAUUACUAGCCCUGAAGUAGGUGAGCGACUAGGAACUUACUCCCGUGUUGAUGUGAAAGAAAUACACGGUCGUGAUAAGUAUAGGGAUGAUCUAGUGAGGAUGAUUUUGGGAGAGGGUAGUGAAAUGAUGAAGCUUUCGGGUGAGGGUAGUGAAGUGAGGGGUAGUGAAGGAGAGAGAAGCCCCUAUGUCAUCUCCAUAGUAGGCAUGGGGGGCAUUGGAAAAACCACUCUUGCCAAACUAGCCUAUGCUAAGGUGCAAACUAAACUAGCCUACAAUGAUACUAAGGUGCAAACUGCCCUUUUUGAUGAAAAACUGUGGGUUUGCGUAUCCAAUCCUUUCGACGAGCGUAGGGUUGCCAAAGCAAUCAUUAAGGGAUGUCGUGGUUCCACCAACUCCAAUGAAUUGGAAGAGCUACUAAAUGAAAUGUGUGAGUUGAUUAGGGGGAAGAAGCUUUUACUUGUCUUAGAUGAUGUGUGGACUGAAGAAUUCAAUCAUUGGAAGCCAUUUAAACUUGCACUCGAAUGUGGUGACCUAGGUAGUAGAAUUUUAAUAACCACGCGUAGUAUUAGAGUUGCAGAAAUGGUGAAAAGUGCCUAUACAAUUAGAUUGGAUGUAUUGUCUGACGAAGAUUGUUGGUUGAUAUGUAGUCAAAUGGCAUAUAUUGAGAAGGAUGAUGAGCAACUAGGAGAACUUGGUAGAGAAUUAGCAAAGAAGUGCAAAGGCUUGCCACUUGCUGCAGAGACUCUAGGAAGUCUUAUGCGCAACAAGAGAAGUAAAGAAGAAUGGAGGGAUAAAUUGGAUAGUAAUUUAUGGAAAUUAGAAAAUGUUCGAAAAGGUCUUUUAGGACCGUUAUUAUUGAGUUAUUAUGAACAACCGUUAGCAAUAAAAUCUUGUUUCUUAUAUUGUGCUCUCUUCCCAAAGGAUUAUAUUUUUUCAAGAAAUGAGUUGAUCCACCUAUGGAUGUCACAAGGAUAUCUUGGCAUAAAUCCAGAGGAGAUGGAAAACAUAGGAGAAGAGUACUUUGAAAUAUUAGUCAUGCGCUCUUUCUUCCAAGAUUUUGAAAAAGACAACGAUAAUGAUAAGAUAAUAACAUGUAAAAUACAUGAUAUUGUACAUGAUUUUGCCCAAUCAAUGGCAUCAAAGGAAUGUUUCACAAUUGAUGGUGACAAAGAGUUAGGGACAAAUUGUAGAAGUGCUUGCCAUUUGAGAUUAGAAUUAAUAGGGGAAACACAAUUUCCUAUGUCUAUAUGUAAUGCAAAAAAUGUACGCACUCUCUUUUUCGCUCCAUUGAAUAAGAGGAUUGUCUUCCCACUCAAUUUAUCCCAGCAUUUGACAUGCUUACGGGCAUUGACUUUGAAAUGGUAUUCCUUUGAGAUUCUUCCAAAUGAAGUGGAAAAGUUGAUACAUUUAAGAUUGCUUGAUUUAUCAGAAAAUCAUAAUAUUAAAGAAUUAGCUGAAACAAUGUGUAAUUUAUGUAAUUUACAAACUUUGAAUAUUAGUGGAUGUGGGAAAAUUACGAAAUUACCCCAAGGAAUGGGUAAGCUAAUUAAAUUAAGACAUCUUCUUAUUGGUGAUUGUUAUAAAUUGACCGAACCCUUUCCAAAAGGGAUUGGAAGAUUGAGUUCUCUUAGAACAUUGGAGAAAUUCAUAAUAGGUAGUAUAGAUGAUAUUGACGGAUGUAAACUUGGAGAAUUGAAGAAUCUGAACCACCUUAAAGGGUCUCUUAUGAUAAAAGGCUUGAAAAACGUAACAGAUGUACAAGAGGCUGAGAAUGCACAGCUUAAAGAUAAGAAAUAUCUCCGUGAGUUGGGGCUAUCGUUUGACAGGAGAGUUGAGGAGAUUGAAAGAGUAAGGAAUGAUGAAAUCGUUCUUAAAGCCUUAGAGCCACAUUCAAACUUGGAAAUUUUAAAGAUUGAUAAGUGCAUGGGUAGAGUGUAUCCUAAUUGGAUGAAUUCUUUGUCCAAUUUGAAAAGGCUUCAUCUUUGGUGCUGGCCUAAUUUAGAGCAAUUGCCUCCUCUGGGGAAGCUGCAGUUCCUCGAAACAUUAGUGUUAAGGGAUGCGUAUAGUGUGAAAAAGGUGGGUGUUGAAUUUUUGGGAAUAGAAGAAGCCAAUGGGAAGAACGGAUCAACAUCACCACUUGUCUUAUUCCCUAAUUUAAAGUCUCUCGAAUUUGGGGAUAUGAAAGAGUGGGAAGAAUGGGAUGGGAUUGGAGAAAGGAGAGAAGAAGAAGGAGAAAGUGGUGUUUCUGUUUUAAUAAGUAUAAUGCCACGUCUUCAGUUUUUGGAUAUUUGGAGAUGCCCAAAGCUAAAGGCACUGCCCAACUUCCUUGAGACAACUUCGUUAAAGCAAUUGGAAGUCGAUUGUCGAAUUUCCAAUUGGAUGACGUUGGCAACAUUACCCGGAUUGAAAACACUUUGUCUCGGUCUGAAUAACGACGUGGAGCAUUUGCCCCCUUUGGGGAAGCUGUUGUUGGUCGAAUCAUUAGAGAUAUACGGUGGUGCCGAAAGAGUGAAAAAGGUGGGCGUUGAAUUUUUGGGAAUAGAAGAAGAAUCCAACAACAACAAGAAGAAGAUAGACGACGAGAAGGGAUCGACAUCAUCAUCUUCUUCUUCUUCGCUUGUCUUAUUCCCUAAUUUAAAGUCCCUCUCAUUUUGGGGGUUGAAAGAGUGGGAAGAAUGGGAUGGGAUUGGAGGAACAAUGAGAGAAGAAGAAGCACAAGAAAGUGGUGUUGCAAUUACUAUCACUAUUAUGCCACGUCUUCAGUCUUUGACAAUUUCGGAUUGCCCCAAGCUGAAGUCUCUGCCAGACUUCCUUCCUACAACUCCAUUGAAGACACUGAAGAUCAUUACGAGUCCAAUUCUCAGUGAAUGUUGCAAAACAGAGAUAGGAGAUCAAUGGCCCAAGAUUUCUCACAUACCCAACAUCCUUAUUGAUCAUACAUGGGUGCGAAGAGAUGGUCAUCCAAUGCAAAAUUAAAUCUCAGUUCGAUUGCGGGCGCUGCAAGUCGCAUCCAUUCCGUUAAGACUUCCUUCCUACAGCUACAUUGAAGCAAUUGCAUAUCCAGAACAGUCCAAAUCUCUCAGUCAACGUUGCCAAAGGGAGAUAGGAGACCAAUUGCUCAACAUUUAUUAUCAUUAAUAAGUGGGACAGGAUGAUCAAUCAAGGGAAAAUUAAUUCUCGGUAUCAAGUGAAGCAUUAUUUGUGAUCAAGAAAAUAUUCAAGGCGUGAGCAUACGUUGACGUAGGCCUACAGAAGAAACUCCUGUAUCAUAUAUGGUAUGACACAUGAAAGGUCUUAUGAGUUUAAACCCAAAGGCAUGUGAAUUUCUUGUGAAACCAAUGAAAGAUGAAAUGAGAUCGAAGUCUAGAAGAAAGGCAUUGAGAGACAUAUUCAACAAUGGUGGAAGGUUCUUGAAGCUGUGAAUUUGAAGAAGAGAUCUCAUAAGUGGUGUAAAGACGAUAUGCUUGAUUACCUUUUGCUCCUUCAGUCCAAUCUCCUCUCUCUCUUGCACCAGGAUUUAUGUGAGCGUCAGUGAGUGAGUUUGGGCUUUUUGAGAUGUUGACUUUUGGAUGAUCUAGGUUCUGUUUGGUUGCUAAGAAAGUGUAGGAACCAAUGACAUUUUUAAGAGCAAGAGAAAGACAGAUGUACUCUUCCAUUUGAAUAGUCAUAGUUUAGUGGUAUCUGUUGCGGGAGAAAAGAAAUUGAAUCAUUCACAUAUUUCUUGCCUGAACUGCUUUCUUCUUCAAAGGUUAAUCCAUAAUCCUACAUAUGUCAGUAGAUCACACUUCCAUACUUAUUCCCCCCUUGAUAUGAAUUAUCAUUUUCUUAGAUAUGCAGCCGUGGUUCUCCAAAUUUCAGAAGGUGUUCUUCAAUCCUGUAGAGUUUGAGGAUCAGCUGGCAAACUGAUACAAGUAUAAUAGUUGCUCCGACUAAUGAAGUUGAAAGCGAUGUGGUUGACUGCCCAAAACAAAAUAAGUUGUUUUCAUAAUCUCUCCUCCCCCUGUAUUAUGAUGCGCUGACUGCACUAUUGAGAGAGAAGAUAUAAUUGAUGUUUUACUUGAAAGAGUUCUUACAAAGCCAACUCCAAGUAAGCCUUCUCAUUCUGCUGUCAUUGAAAUGGUUAAAACUUUACAGUUGGAAUUUAUAUUUUCAGUUGUGUUUUAAAUAAUAAUAAUAAUAAUAAUAAUAAUAAUAAAUCAAUGCUUGAAAAUGUCACCUCCUAAGUCUUGUGUACUGUUUGAACCUAUAUCUGAGUCCUUUCAUCAUAAGGGCAAUUACAGGGUAUGUAAAAGGCUGCUCCAUUUCUUGUUGGAAUUCAUUGCAGUAGUUCACCGCUUUCCACAUCCUCUGGCAGUGAUACUUCUGAGGGACUCACUUUGAAGCAUCAGGAGCUCUUUGGGAUUCAACAGUCUUAUAAACCAGGAAUUGGAAAGCGAAGGGUAGAAGCAUCACCAUGUUGGUUUAUAUGCCCUCCUAAAACUUGUGUCUACCUAGAGCCACUUGAUGAGAUAUCAUUGAACAAUGUAGUUGAUGGCUGGCAAAUGCCUAUGACAAUGCCUUUUCAAUCAGCAAAAAAAUUUGUCUUUUCCAAAGGAAGAUAAUAUCCAGUGUGACCUUCUACAAAGUAGCAAAUAUUGUAACCAAGAACACCUUUGGGGCAAUUUAGCAUUUAUAGAAAACACUCCAGUGUGGAAGGAACCCGAAAGCAUGAUUCACAGAGGCAAACAUCCGGCCGGUUGUCUUUACCACUUGGAGGUGGCUCUUCAAGCAGAGACCACUACAGGAGCAGGUUUCUUACAGAAUUACAUUGAGUCUAUUUUGGCUCUUCAAGGUGCUAGCUGCAGACUCACACAAGAUAUGCAGCCAUGGUUCUCCAGAUUUCGGAAGCUGCUCUCUAAUCCUGUAGAGUGAGAAUCAGUUGGCUGACUGAUGCAAAUAUAAUUUUAGUUUCGACUAAUGAAGUUGAAUGCGAUGCCUGUUGACAGCACAUAACAAAAUAAGUUUGAUUCAUGAUCUCUCGUCCCCUUGUAUUAUGGUGUGAUGACCACACUAUUGAGAGAGAAGAUAUAAAUGAUGAUUUACUUGAAAGAAUUCUUAUAACGCCAACUCCAAGUAAGCCUUCUUAUUCUGCUGCCAUUGAAAUGAUUAAAACUUUACAGUUUGAAUCUGUAUUUAUAUCUUCAGUUGUGUUUUGGAAAAGAAAAAAAAAAAAAAAAUCAAUGCUUGAAAUGUUACCUCCUAAGUCUUGUGUUUUGUUUGAACCUAUAUCUGAGUCCUUUCAUAAAGGCAAUUACAGGGUAGGUAUGAGGCCGCUCCAUUUCCAGUUUCAUUGCAGUAGUUCCCCACUUUCCAAAUCCUCUGGCAGUGAUGCUUCUGAGGGUCUCACUUUGAGGCUUCUGGAGCUCUUGGGAUUCAGUAGGCUUAUAAACCUGGAACAGGAAAGCAAAAGCUAGAAGCAUCACCAGAUGCCUAUAACGACACAUUUCCAAUCAGCAAAUAAACUUGUCUUCACCAAAGGAAGACAAUAUCCAAUGUGGCCUUCUACAAAGUAGCAAAUAUUGUAACCAAGAACACCUUGGUGGCAAUUUACCAUUUAUAGACAACACUCAAUGUGGAAGGAACCUAAAAGUGUGAUUCACAAAGGCAAACAUCUGGAUGAGAAUACUCUAAAGAAAGAGUUGUGGACAAAGUUUGAAGUAGUAUCCACUCCUUAGCUUUGUUAUAAUGCGUCUGUGCUGCAAUAUACUGCUCAGAACUGGAUAAGCCCUCUUGUAAUGAUGGAAGUUAAAUGAGUGUGAUUUGAGCUGGAAAGCACAUCUUUUUUCUUUAAUUUUGAUUGUAAAUGGUGGAUCAUGUUGUAUGUUGGUCGUAUUUUGAGGCUCUAUAAUUGGUUUAUAUAUCAGUACCACCUAUGAUGCAUGUAUCUCUUGGUGGCGUUAUUUUCACUAAUCAUUUGUCCGAAGAGUAACUACAGCACAUAUGAGCAACAGUGGGACAGCCCAAGGACCAUGCACAAAUUUCAAUUUUUGUAAUCGAAAAGCUAAACAGCCCUACUGUUUUUGGUUUAUAUUAGUCUUCUGAAGAUGUUUUGUUGGAUUGUGAGAGCUCGUUGGGUUAUGAAAAGAAGGAUUGGCUAGAAGUCUGCAAUGGUGUUAGCUUAUUCUGUUAGUAUUGUGUUGGAACUGUUUUUAUCUCAUUGUUUAAAUAAAUUUAUCAUUCAUCGUGAUACAGAAACAGCACACUAUGUUUCAACUAUUGGCUAUUGCAAAGUUCCAUGCCACAUCUUUUGUGGGAUGUCAUGCGGGGUGCAUCCUUGCACCAUGUAUACUAUAGAACUGGUUAUGUACACAAAACUGUUCUUAUAUGAAUAAGCUUCCCCUUUGAGACGUGUUA